AUGCCUAAGUAUACCGAAAAGGACUUGCAAGAAGCCGUCCGUGAAGUUCAUCAAGGUACUUCACAACGGUCAGCUGCUAAGCGAUGGCACAUCCCGCGAGCAACGCUGCAAGACCGACUCAAUGGCGGUAUUUCCCAUGCCGAGGCCCAUGAAUGUCGACAGCGCUUCUCGCGUCAGCAAGAGAAACUGCUGUCUCGCUGGAUUUUCCAUCUUGUUGCCCUUGGGGUUCCUCCAACUCAGGGACAGUUUGAGGAAUUUGCCAGCCGCAUCUUGGUCGUACAUGGAGACAGCCAGCCUCUAGGCAAACAUUGGGUUCAAGGGUUUCUAAGACGAAACCCUGAGGUGAAAUUAGUCAAAGGGUAUCUAUUUUCUUCCCAGUCGUCAGAGCCUGGCGACACUCUUUGCAGUUCGUCAUCACACCAGUCCAGACGCGUACAACUUCAGGAGCCGGCAUGCACAGCAACACAACUAUUAGAAGGGCAGCAACUACCAACAGAGAAUGAUUUUCGUGAAGAAGCCACAGCAACUUGGGACUCCUACUCUUACAUGGAUCACGAUCCAGAAAUGCUAUUCGACGGCGAAACCUUGGAUAUUCCCGGAUGGAUCGAGCCAUCCGGACCAUACCUCGAAGAAUACGCCUUCGCUAUUCAAGACUAA